UUGUUGGCCGAGAUGAUUAAAUGUUUUGAUGUGCAAGCUAGGAAUGCUGCAACGGUGCGCGACGUUGGACCUCCUGCUCGCUGCAAUUCGACUCACAUUCUGACUUACGCUGUGCGACGCUUUCACUAGAACAUGAACCUCUUUCUACGAGACACCGCCAUCAUUGUCUAUCUUUGUGUGCUUCUACCAUUCGCGUUGCAUGCAAAUCAACACAGCCAGCGACACAUUCAAGGCAUUCAAGGCGUACCAUCGUCAUCUGGCGUUCGGAGCUUCAUGUCAAGUUUCAACCGUCUCCCCCUGACAUGCAAAAACGUUGCACGUACCCCUGAUGUCGCUAUUGAAAGCAUCGAGAUGAUGAGCAAAAAGGGAGAAUUACCAUCGCAGGGGAUGACCUCCUGCUCUAGCAGAUAUGAGUCUGCCUUUGAGAGAAAUCUCCUGUCCGCGAUGCUUAGAAGAGAAAGACGAGGUCUGGGGAAAGAGAAGAAGAGCUGGUGGGGGAAUGCCAAGUUUGGAGACAGCCGAACUGCAGGCACGUGGAAACAAUGUCGUCAGAUCCGAUAGACACGGUCGAAUACCACCAAUACAUUCAUAACUGAGCAGAGGGGAGGAUGGAAGAGCAGAAAAGUAUAGCUUUAUUGUAAGAAAAAGAUAAAGGACUUUCACAUCGUCCAAUCGUAACAAAUCCAUCGCCAUUCAGAAUCGAACGUAAAGAGGUAUCCAAAACAAGCAAGAAGCAAUGGACAGAAGUCCGUAAAGUCGCAGUCCCCCGGCCAGAUGCCAGCUCA